AUGAGUGCGUUUUCUGCUGUAUUUGAUGAGCCGGAAGUGGAUCCGGCGGCAGAGUUUUUGGCCCGUGAACAGAACGCCCUUGCUGGACUGGAAGAUGAUGUACCCGUGGCUGCAACGACGGCCACGAACGGUUCGGUCAAUGGUGAUCCCGUACCGAAAGCAGAAUCGACAGGACUCGAAAAUGAGCUAAACGGAAGCUUUGAAAUGAUCAGUAAUGCCGAUGCGCAAGCCGAUCCGCCCACUACUGCCGAUAAUAAUCAGUACACAGAAGAUGAUAAUGAUGAUUUUGCAGGCUUCACAGUUCCAAAGCAGGUGACGGAGGAACCGGAAAAGAUUCGCAAAUGGCGCGAAGACCAAAAGGCACGGCUCGAGGAGAAGGAUCGCGAGGAAGAGCGCAAAAAGGAGGAACUGCGUGAGCAGGCCCGCAAGGAGCUGGAAGAUUGGUACAAACAUCACGAGGAAACCAUCUCGAAGACGAAAGCCGCCAAUAGGGAAUCGGCCAAGAACGCCGAAAAACAGUUCGUGGCGGAAACGGAUGAGAUUGAGCCGGGCACCGAAUGGGAACGGAUCGCCAAGCUGUGCGAUUUCAACCCGAAGACGAACAAAUCAAGCAAAGACAUCUCUCGCAUGCGUUCCAUCAUUUUGCAGCUGAAGCAAAACCCGAUCCAGGCGACCAAGAAGGUUUUGGAGUUUCCGGCAGUACCUGCACGAUGCUGACCUUCUCUUUGGGCU